CCCGGAUUGGGCACCGGUGGCCCUCAUUUGCAUGGAAGAUCGGGAUUGGCUCGCCUCUUGGGUGGCCCGGGCGGUGUUCGUCCGGCGCGUGACCAUCCUUUGCCAUGGCGGGUCCGGGGGCUGUUUUCCGCCGUCUGGGUGCCUUGUCCGGAGCCGGGGCCUUAGGCUUGGCCUCCUACGGGGCGCACGGAGCCCAGUUUCCGGAUGCCUACGGGAAGGAGCUCUUUGACAAGACCAACAAACACCACUUCUUACACAGUCUGGCCCUGUUAGGGGUGCCCCUGUGCAGAAAGCCCCUCUGGGCCGGGUUACUGCUAGCUUCUGGAACUACCUUAUUCUGCACCAGCUUUUACUACCAGGCUCUGAGCGGAGACCCCAGCAUCCAGACUUUGGCCCCUGUGGGAGGGAGCCUGCUAAUUUUGGGCUGGCUUGCCUUGGCUCUUUGAGCUUCCUUGUGUUGAAUUUCUGGGUGCUUUUUCAAGAAAUGGAGCAGGGAGGGCAUUAAAAGAGAAAGGCAAAUAAAGAA